UUAUAUUAUACACGACCAGAAGAUAUUCAUCGACCUGCUAUACGGGAUUGAUGCAUACAGAGGCAAAUGAUUUGGGAGGGAAAUAGAUAUUCAAAAAAAAAACCCACUACGCCACCACUACACACUAUAGAGAAAAAAAAAAAUCCCCUAGAAUAGUUGUCCCCUUUUCGCACUACAUUGCCUUCUUAAUUAUAAGACGUCUCCUCUCAUUACUACUUCAUCAAUUUCGUCCCAAGAUAUUGAUCAGUCAGUCUUCAUCUUCUGAGAGGCAAAGAGCAAGAUGGCUGAGUUUGUUUAUAGAAGUGUGAUUCUGUUUGUAUUAGUCUUUCUCAUUCUGCAGUCUAGUGGCUCGCACGGGCAGAUGCUGCCCGCGAUUUUCGUGUUCGGGGACUCUUUCGUCGAUGUUGGGAACAACAACUACCUCCCGCUUUCAUUAGCAAAAGCAAAUUUCCCGCACAACGGAAUCGAUUUCCCCAGCCGGAAAGCGACUGGAAGGUUUAGCAAUGGCAAGAACAUCGUCGAUUUGCUAGCUGAGAAGGUGGGGUUGCCGAGUCCUCCGCCUUACCUAUCUAUCGACUCAGACUCGAGUACAUCAUACCUUUGGGGUGUCAGUUUCGCUUCUGGUGGGGCAGCAAUCUUCAAUACCACGUCAAAUCCACUUAAUACGCAAUCAAUACCUCUGUGGCAGCAAGUGGAAUACUACCUAAAGGUGCAUGAUCACCUUACGAAGCAACUAGGAUCUGCCCAUGCUCAGAAGCAUCUAUCGAAGUCUCUGUUCUUCAUUGUGAUCGGAAGCAACGACAUCCUUGCCUACUCCCGAUCCAUCAAUCAAAAUAUACCCCCAAAAAAGUACGUCAACCAGAUGACCACCUUGCUCAAAGCCAAGUUAAAGAUACUACAUACUCACGGCGCACGUAAAUUUAUGGUGGUGGGACUGCCUCCGGUCGGGUGCUGCCCAGCGCAGAGGAUUCAGAACGAGACCAGAGGCUGCAGGGAGGACACGAAUACCUGGACCGUCAUGUACAACGAGGCACUGGAAUCAAUGUCAAAGGAGCUGAAGUCGGAGCUGAAAGACAUGAGCUACUCCUACAGCCACACUUAUCCUCUCAUACAUGGUUUCAUCCAAGACCCUGCUUCUAAUGGGUUUAAGGAGGUGAAAACGGCCUGUUGUGGGCUCGGCAACCUGAAUGCCCAAUUCCCGUGCCUGCCAACUUCAACGCAUUGCUCCAACAGGACAGACCACUUGUUCUGGGAUCUAUACCAUCCCACUGAAGCAGCCAGCCGACGGUUCAUAGACAAUGUCUUUGAUGGCCCUCCACAGUACACUUCCCCAGUAAACGUACGGCAGCUAAUUGCCCUUUAAGUUAAGCAACAGAUUACUACUCAUCACGUCUAAGAUUGUGUUGUUGUAAAGUGGAGAUACAAAACUC